AACACCUUUCUCUCUAAUUUCAACAGAAAAUUUACCAGAUUCGCCACUAUGAGCUUCUUGAUUCCUAACAGAGGAGCAGUGGGCGGAACCAGGAUUCCUCUAUCAAUCAUCGUUCUUGUUCUAUGUGGUUUUAUGUUCUUCGUUCUCUUAUACACUGAAAGAAUCAGCUUGAUGUCUUCUUCCUCUUCAAAUUUCCUCAGGUCAAAGUCUUGUCCGAGGAAAAACAUCAGCUCGAAACCUAAGGAGAAAGUUCGAGAGGAGAGAUCAGAAAAGAUGGAUGUUCUGGACGACAGGUUCGAAUUCGAUCCAGAAGAGUGUAAUGUUGCAGCAGGGAAAUGGGUUUACAAUAGCUCAGCUGAGCCACUCUACACGGAUGAAUCAUGUCCAUACAUCGACCGUCAAUUCUCUUGCAUGAAAAACGGAAGACCAGAAACUGAUUAUCUUCGGUGGGAAUGGCAGCCUGAUGACUGUACUAUCCCACGAUUUAAUCCGAAGUUAGCAAUGAACAAACUCAGAGGAAAAAGAUUGCUUUUUGUCGGAGAUUCUUUGCAACGAAGUCAAUGGGAGUCGUUCGUGUGUUUGGUGGAAUCAAUAAUACCCGAAGGAGAAAAAUCAAUGAAGCGUAGCAAAAAAUACUUUGUCUUUAAAGCAAAGGAAUACAAUGCGAGUAUAGAGUUUUACUGGGCACCGUUUAUUGUGGAAUCGAACACGGAUUUGCCUGUGAUUUUGGAUAUGAAGAAGAGGGUAGUAAAAGUGGAUUCAGUGGAAGAUCGAUCAAAGUAUUGGGAAGGAGCUGAUAUUCUAGUUUUCAACACAUAUGUUUGGUGGAUGAGUGGACUCAGAAUGAAAGCUUUGUGGGGUUCAUUUGGAAAUGGAGAGAGCGGUGCGGAGGCAUUAGACACACCAGUGGCUUACAGGUUAGGGCUCAAGACAUGGGCUAAUUGGGUUGACUCUACCGUUGACUCUAACAAGACCAAAGUCUUCUUCACUACCAUGUCCCCUACUCAUACUAGAAGUGCGGAUUGGGGGAAGCCAAACGGGACGAAGUGUUUCAACGAGACAGAGCCAGUAAAAGAUAAGAGGUUUUGGGGAACUGGGUCGAACAAGCAGAUGAUGAAAGUGGUGUCAAGCGUCGUGAAGCACAUGGCCACGCACGUGACUGUCAUUAACAUCACGCAGCUCUCGGAGUACCGCAUCGACGCCCACACAUCGGUCUACACGGAGACUGGGGGAAAGAUGCUAACGGCUGAGCAGAGAGCUGAUCCAAUGCGUAACGCUGAUUGCAUACAUUGGUGCCUCCCUGGAUUGCCCGAUACGUGGAAUCGGAUCCUAUUGGCUCAUUUGUAAACAAAUAAAAAAGCUAGGAAACAUGCAUGUACGUACUAAGGAUGGAUGUAACGGGAAAACCCAACUCCUCUCUCUCGCUCUUGUGUUGUCAUCAGUAUUUUUUUUUUGAAUAUAUGUGAUUGUAACGUUGUAAACAUAAACAAGAGGUGGAGAAAACUGAAAAGAAAAGGAACAAAAAUUUGUUAUUGCAAGAAA